AUGGGCCAUGAUAUUGAAAUUGAAAUAGAGGAACCACAAGACGGAAGGUAUUUUACAAACUUUGAUGUUGUCAAGGGUCGCGUCAAGGUUUCUACCACAACCUCUUUGACUUUAUCAUAUAUUCAGGUAAAGCUCGAAGGUGUUUCUGCAACUGAGGUGCACAUUCCAGAAGAUAAAGAGAAGAAGAUUAAAGAGAAAACACUUCGCGAUGUGCACAAAGUUCUCUAUGAAACUGCGAUUGUGUUUCCUCCUACAAAGGUUCGUGAGGUGUCUGCGACUCCCGAGUUCACAUUGAAUGAAGGUAUUUACACUUAUCCAUUUGAGUUCCAAAUACCCCGAGAUUCAUCCUGUUACAGACUGCUUGGAACUACAAGCAAGUCCAUUUUCAACAAGGUGGCGAUGUCAAUUGAAAACAAUGGCAAUGGAGGCAGAACAGCUUCGAGUAAUAGUUUGCAAUCACUCACCAAACCGAAUGCGUACUCCCAGAAUUUACAGCGUCAGAGACAAUCUUUAGAGGAAUGUGCCUAUCAUAUUAAGGGCCCUCUUCCACCAUCUUUCAGUCAUGGAGUUGCAGCUGAUAUUCACUAUUACGUCAAAGUGACGUGCAAGCGCCCAUCCUUGAUUAAAGCGAACUUAAGGGCUACUAGUACUUUCCAAUUUCUCCCUUUUGACUUCGAGCGUACUCCACGCCUCAUCAGAAAUUCGUCAGCUCCCAGUGUUCCUAGCAACAUGCACUUUAGAAGAGCAAUCGACUUCGCGAGCUCUCCUCCACCACCGCCACCUAAAGUGUAUGAAAAUAAUAAAAAGGGCAAGAAAGAGGAAAAGCAUGACAAGAAAGAAGAGAAGAAAUUAGAAAAACAACAGCAGAAGGAGGAGAAAAUAAGACAAAAGGAAGAGAAAAAGGAGGCUAAGCGGAUAGCGAAGGCGAAGAAAAAAGGCUGGUUUAAUCCACCACCUCCCCCACCUGCCCCGGUUAUCAAGCAGGUGCCACCUUUUGCUGCGGAAGUCAGAGUUUCGAAGGACAAAGGAUUUGUUCGUGGAAUGAUGCCAUCCAUGCAUAUUCUUUUUGCAAUGGAUGCUAAUCCAGAAAUCUAUGCCGCCCCUAGAAAUGAGAAGAAUCGCCUACCAGAUGACACGGGUGUAAUAUAUCUUCAAAACCUUGCUCUUGAAUUAGAAAGCGUGACAAUAGUGUCUGCAUUACAGACGAUUGGAUACAAGAAUGAAAUCAAAGAGUCAGUCUUUAAGGAGAAGAUACCGCUUUGCUCAAAUACGUACGAAGACUUGAGGUUCGAUCUCAUGAGAGCUGUACCAACGGUGUAUAAUGGCAACCUGCGUACUUCUGAAUCAUCUAUUCUGUAUGAGUUGGAAAUCUCGCCUUCCUACUAUGACAAUUGUCGUAUCCCAUUGAACCUACCCCCAUCGUUUCAAACUUGCAAUGUGACCCGGUUCUACAACUUGGCAGUGCGCUUAACAGUGUCUCGUGAACCUAUGCAAGCUAGUUCCUCUAGAGUUCAAGCAUUAACUUCGGUGGAAGUCGUGUGCCCUGAUGUACGCUUAUCAAGCGGAAUCGAUCCACCGCCACCUCUUUACCCUCCAAGGGAAAACCAGAGCGUGAAUUCUAGAGGGCAACAAAUGUCAAUUUCCACAGGAUCUAGCAGCUCAGUGACUAAUCCAUUUACGGAUGUUAAGUCUCCUGAAGGUCCAGGCUCUCCAGGGUUUGACUCGUCACAACCAGCCUCUCCAGUUGCAGUCUCUUCAGGACCAGUCUCACCGGGACCAAUCUCGUCAGAAGACGUCCCUCAAUUAAGAUCUGUGGAGGAAGAGCUGGCUCCACCCGCAUAUAAACUCGUUGAUGAUCCUCUGUCGAGAUAA